AAAAGUAUAUUUAGGUGUUUGGAUUACUUCACAUCUUAGUUUUGAGUUGACGGUGUGUCGUGGCGUUUUGUGUUGUGAAGUUAAAAUAAUGCCAGUGAAAUUUAAAGAGGGAGAUCUAGUUUGGGCAAAAAUGAAAGGAUUUUCACCGUGGCCUGGUCUGGUAGCUAAACCCAACAAAUGGUUAAAAAAACAAGCCAAAACCCCUGGCGGUCAAUGCAUUUACUUCUUUGGCACCAGAAAUUAUGGUUGGGUAGAAGAAUGCAAUAUAAAGCCAUAUUUUGUCUAUAAAGAAAAACUAACAAAUGCUUAUAAGUCUGCAAGUUUUCAAGGAGCAGUCCAGGAAAUCGAAGAAUUUGUUAGUCGCAGACAAAUAGAUCCAAAUUGUAAACCUUUUCCUGAAGAUAAGGAUAAUGCAGAAUUUGAAUUUGAUAAACUAAAAGAAAUAGAACAAGCUACUACAGUUACAAAACCCAAGAAGAGACCUAUUAAGCGAACAAAGCCUAAACUUGUUGCUAAAAAAUUAAGGUUAGAAGAUGAUGAUAAUGAAAACUCAACAGAGUUUGUCAAUCAUGUCCCAAAAAAUUAUGAAGAACUCCUUAACCGACCUACAGUAUUGGAUAGACCAGAUACUCCACCAGUGGAUAUCAGUACUAUAUCCGAGACUUUGAGAAAUAGAAACAUAGAAGCUUCGACGUUAUCAUUUGGCUUUCUUGGUUUGGGAAUAAUGGGUUCUGGAAUUGUAAAGAAUCUUAUAUACUCUGGCCAUAAAAUCAAUCUGUGGAACAGAAGUUUGAAAAAGGCCGAGGAAGUGAAAAAGCAAGUGGACGAAAAGCAAAUCGGAAGAGUUGAAGUUUAUGACACACCUUGCGAUGUAGUUGAAAAUUCAAACAUUAUUUUUUGUUGCGUUUCUGACCCUCGAGCAUCAAAAGAUAUCGUUUAUGGGAAUUGUGGAGUAUUACCCCAACUAGAUGGUUCUCUAGAAGGAAAAGGCUAUGUAGAAAUGACAUCGAUUGAUCCAGAGACUUCAAAAGACAUUUGCAAUGUCAUAACUAGCAAAGGUGGUCGAUAUUUAGAGGCUCAAAUCCAGGGUAGUAAUAAAGAAGCGAACGAAGCCAAUCUUGUAAUUUUGGGAGCCGGUGACAAAACUCUGUUCGACGACUGUCAGAGUUGCUUUAAAGCGAUGGGCAAAACUGCUUUUUACUUGGGAGAAGUCGGUUUUGCUACCAAAAUGAACUUAAUUCUUCAGACAAUUAAUGGAGUUGCAUUGGCAGGUUUGGCUGAAGGAUUUGCGUUAGCUGACCGUUCGGGAUUAUUUGCAAAAGACGUGCUGGAGAUUUUUGAAUUGACAAACAUGAGUUGUCCAGCAUUGGUAGAUAAAGCAAAUAUAAUAAUAAAAUCUGACUUUCCGAAUACACGAAUGCCAUUACAACAUAUGCAAAAAGAUUUGAAACUUGCUCUCGAAAUGGCCGAUUCAUUUAAUCAACCACUGUUAAUGACAUCCACGGCUAAUGAAAUAUUUAAGCACACUCGCAGACUCGGUUACGACAAGCAUGACUCGGCUGCAGUUUAUAUGAGAGCUCGGCAUUAAAAAUACACCAAAACAAACGAAACGAAUUCUUUUAUUAUAAUCACUUUUUUAUUUCUUAAAAUCAAAUUCGCCAUUGCUAAUAAAUAAUUUAUCGAUUUA